AUGAGUAGAAAGAAUUUCGAAGCAAAUACAUGCUUAACAAUCCAUGCAGGGGAGAAACCAUAUAAAUGCUCUGAAUGUGGAAAGAGCUUUACCAAGAGAGAGCACCUUACUUCACAUCGAAGAACCCACACAGGAGAGAAGCCGUACCAAUGUUCAGAGUGUGGAAAGCGCUUCAGUCAGAGUAUAAACCUCACUUCUCAUCAAAGAAUCCACACAGGGGAGAAACCAUAUAAAUGUUCUGAGUGUGGGAAGAGCUUCACUCAGCGAGAGCACCUGGCGUCACAUCAUAGAAUCCACACUGGGGAAAAACCAUAUCAGUGCUCAGAGUGUGGAAUCAGCUUCAGCCAGAGCACAAAUCUUACUUCUCAUCAGAGAAUCCACACUGGGGAGAAACCGUAUACGUGCGCAGAGUGUGGAAGGAGCUUCAGUCGGAGCACCGACCUAGCCAUCCAUCAAAGAAUCCACACUGGGGAUAAGCCAUAUUCGUGCACAGAAUGUAAGAAGAACUUCAGUCGUAGCUCAGACCUUGUUACCCAUCUAAGAAUCCACACAGGGGAGAAACCGUACAAGUGUUCCGUGUGUGAGAAGAGCUUCAGUCAAAGAUCAGCGCUUACUUUACAUUACAGAACCCAUACAGGGGAGAAACCAUAUGUAUGCUCAGAAUGUGGAAAGAGUUUCAGUCACAGCAAUAGUUUUACUUCCCAUCAAAGAAUCCACACAGGGGAGAAACCAUAUGUGUGUACAGAGUGUGGGAAGAGCUUCAGUCAGAGCUCGGAUCUUUCUAUCCAUCAGAGAAUCCACACAGGGGAGAAGCCAUAUACCUGUUGGGAUUGUGGAAAGACCUUCAGUCACCGCAACAGCCUUACUUCCCAUAAAAGAAUGCACACAGGGAAGAAACCAUACACAUGCUCAGAGUGUGGAAAGACCUUCAGCCAGAGCUCAGACCUGGUUAUCCAUCAGAGAAUGCACACAGGGGAGAAACCAUUUACAUGUCCCGAGUGCGGAAAAAGCUUUAGUCGGAGUUCAGACCUGGUGAUCCAUCAAAGAAUCCACACAGGAGAGAAACCGUAUACCUGUUCAGAGUGUGAAAAGAGGUUCUGUCGGAGUUCGGACCUUGUUAUCCAUCAGAGGACCCACACAGGAGAGAAGCCAUAUCAAUGCUUAGAGUGUGGAAAGAGCUUCGCUAAGAGAGAGAACCUGAUUUCCCAUCAAAAAAUUCACACAGGGGAGAAGCCGUAUACAUGCGUAGAGUGUGGAAAGAGCUUCCGUCACAGCUCAGGGCUUACUUCCCAUCAAAGAAUCCACACAGGGUAGAAA